UUGAGUCUUGCUAAUCUGUCCUUGAGCUCUUCUAUUAUUUGCUUGUAGAUUGCGAAGUUCGCAACUGUCCAAACCAAAUAGUCUUCGCCGGCGGCCUGUGAAAGUUUUCCUCAUUUCUCGGUUCGUGAUCUUACAAUGUCAUGGUUUGCUCGAUCUAUCGCCAACACACUCAAACUCGACGACGAUGACGAAAACGACGUCGUUUCACGUCCAAAUCACGAUCACUCCACUGUUGAGAAGCAACAAACAGAUGAUGAUUCAUCAUCGCCAGUAUCACCAUCACGCGGCGUCAAGGAGGACAUCUCAGAGCUGACCAAAACCCUAACCCGUCAAUUUUGGGGAGUGGCUUCAUUCCUGGCCCCACCGCCUCAAUCCGAGCCCUACAAACCUUUAGAGGAUCCGAAUUCAGAACCGAAUCGUAAUUCGAAUGACGAAGAAUCCGACCCGGCAGGGAUCGCGGGUUUGCGGAGCGAUAUUGCUGAAAUUGGCGGCAGAUUCAAGACUGGAAUAUCAAAGCUGUCGAAGAAUAUUCCUGUCUCCGAAAUUACCAAAAUGGCAUCCAACUUACUGCAACUGGGACCAGAGGAGGAGGAAGAAGAAGGUAGAGGUGCAGUAGGUGUUACUGAGGAAGUAGUAGCUUUUGUGAGGGACAUUGCUAUGCAUCCUGAAACUUGGUUGGAUUUCCCUUUGCUCGACGACGAAGACGACGAAGUAGAUUUUGACUUGUCUGAUGCACAACAAGAGCAUGCAUUAGCUGUUGAACGCCUUGCUCCAAGACUGGCCGCUUUGAGGAUUGAGCUCUGCCCAGGUUACAUGAGUGAGGCUCGCUUUUGGGAGAUUUACUUUGUUCUUCUUCACCCUAGACUGGAUAAACAAGAUGCUGAACUUUUAUCCACGCCCCAGGUUGUCAGAGCCAGGGCCUCAUUGGCACACGAGUUACAUAAGCGAACCAAGCCAAUAGAAGAAGAUUGGUCAAAAAAGGGAACUUCUGAAUCAACUGACAGGAGUGGCUCUCAACAUGAGGAGAUGCUUGCUGUCCCGUCCACUGCUGUUUCUACGGAUGUGGUUCAAGAGAUGCCUAGUGUGGAAUCUUCCACUUCACCUACAGUUUCCGGCUCUGGUAAGGAUGUGCGCCCUGUCAUUAGUGAAAAUCAAACUGUUGAUAAACUCGUGGUUGAAGGACCUAUUACCAAUAGCAAAGAUGAAAAUCUGCAAUCUGCAUCGGUUAUAAAGUUAGAGGAGAGUGAUGAAGAGGAUGCUGAUGAUUGGUUAAAGGAAGAAAGCACAGAAAUUAUGGGUACUAGUAAAACGGGCAUGUCCAUUGAGAAUGAUGAGGAUGUGUCCUUCAGUGAUCUUGAAGAGGAUGAUUCAGAUGUGCCCGCAAAUUCAAAGAAAGUAAAUUACAGUUCUGAUAAGGACUCACGAGAUUGGGUCCAGUUGAGGAAAAGCUCCAGUGGUAUCAGCUCUGUGAAUCAUAGUGGUUCUGUUAAGGAAAAUGUGCAGAAUCCUGAUAGCAAAGAAUCAAAUGAUUGGCUGGAUAUUGAUGACAUUGAGGUGGCAUGACCUUAUGUAAGGUUUAAAUAUAGUUAUUUCCGCUCAUUUAUUGUUGUGAAUAGUUGUUCCCUAUCCUCCUUUCUCCGCUCUGCGCUAAGAAUUCUCAGCUAUAUGUUUGUACAUAGAACGCAUAAUGAAUAACAAUUGGGUUGCUCCCAUUAUUACACUUAUGCAGUUUUCUUUUUAAAUUGA